AUGUAUCAGACUAAAUUUGGCUCAAAGUCGCGAAGCGAAGCCACGGAGUCUGGUUCGAUCAACUGGCAUAAGCACUCGGUUUGUGAUGUCCGGGAAGGAAGGAAGGAAAGAAGGGUGAACCAUGGGAAAAUUGUGCUUUUCAGUAAGUGUGUGCACCUUUUCUUCUCGCCAAACGAAUGGGAGCUUUCCCGGAAUGCCCCCUGCUGGCAAUUUGCCGAGGGAGCCUUCCGGAAAGUGUUGCCUUACUUGGUCUUCAGCCACCUGUUUGACACGGACCAGUGCAUGACACAUCUGCGGUCGGCUUUAUUUGCUACUGGACAGACAACCGAUGACUGCUUCUACUUUACAGCACUCAUCCUGUCUGCCUACAAAAUAUCUUUUAAUUCGUGGGCAAGAACAUCUCCGGUCUUACGAAAAUGCUGGCCAGUAGAAUUAGUUCUGAAACAUUCCCAAUAUCGACUCAACUUGUGUCCUUCUCGAACGUUCGGGAGAAAGUAUUAA